AUGGUCCGUGCUUUCUGCCAAGAGGUUAUCACGUCACUGAUCAGAUAUAAUUCCUACAUUAUUUCUAUCGGUAACAUAUUCGAUUGUUACAAGUUACACCGCGUUCCGUAUCAAGACACUGUGCGAGUGAACAUAUUUUUUGGUCCUUCGAGCCGGAUAUCAAACGCGUUUAGUCUGUGGUGUGAAAAACUGAAGUGUCGCCAGUUACGUGAUCAUAUCCGCAACGCAGCCAUCACAAACGUCGCCGCCAUCGUAGAAACAUUCUCUACAACGAGCACAGAGGAUAGAAAACCCUAUCAACUCCGAGCAGCCCUCAAUAGACUCAAGGACAGAUUCAACGCAUUUGCAGACAUCCAAGAUCGUUUGGAAGAACUGGACGAGGGUGAAAUAACAAGGCGAUUCACUCUUGAAGAAUUCUACGAUACGGUAAUGGGAAAGGCACUUGAUCUACUCGAUCAACAUGAGCCGCGGAGAUCCGGGAUAUCUUCGCGAUCACACUCUCCAACUCCAAACGCCGCGCCAACGAUUAUCACCAAUCUACCUCGACGCCCACGAUUACCAGAGAUCAAAAUUGCCGAAUUUGACGGGUCCAUUGAGAAUUUUCCUCCAUUUUGGGACACUUUUAAAACCGUGAUCCAUGACAACCCUGAUUUACAGACCAUCCAAAGAUUCCAGUAUCUACGUGGAUUACUGAAAGGUAGCGCCGCUGCUGCAAUUAGAUCUCUAGCGACAACCGAAGAAAAUUAUACAGCUGCAGUUGAAAUCCUCAAAAGGAAAUUCGACUGUAAGAAGAAAAUCCUCCGACGGCACUGGUGUAUCAUGCGAGAAUACCCUCCUCUACAACGAGAUGAUCCAGCAGCAUUAGGACAACUGGCAGACAUCAUGAACCAGAAUAUCCAGAAGUUGGCACCAGAAACAGUUUGGCAGUGGGAGCUGAGAACUCAAGGUACAGAAUUACCCACAUAUAAACAAUUACUCGAAUUUAUUGAAGCUAGGGCAACAUGUCACGAGGUCAGAACGGCACCCACAAGAAGCUAUCCAGCAACUUCCUCAGAAAUAUCAACCUCUGAUAAAAGAAAGGACAGAAGGGUACGAAGACAAGCCUCCGUGACAUCAUCAGCAGGUCCAACGACAUCAUCAGCAGGUUCAACAACAUCAACAGCAUCAGCAACGGUGGGGUCAUCCUGUUCUCUUCAUUGUGGUACAGUUCACCGUCACAUCAGCAAGUGCCCCAUAUUUAAAGGUUUGACUCCAGAGCAAAGAUACUCCAAAGCUAAGACUGCCGGCCUCUGUAUCAACUGUCUGAAGCCAGGGCAUGAGCGCUCAAAUCCUUGGACACGGCGGGCAGCACUAAUUGUCAACGCUUCUACAUGCGAUCUGAUGGUCACAGCUAGGAUCAACGUGCUCAACCAUCAUCGAGAACCUGUCAACUGUCGAGUCCUUCUAGACACAGGAUCGACUACCAAUUUUAUGCAGGAAAGUCUGGCCAUCGCACUGAAUUUGCCGUUGAAACCAUUCGCUGUACCCAUUGGAUCUUUGAACAACGUAAACACCACCACAAGGUAUCUAGUAACCGCCACAAUUCGUUCCAGAACAGCUGAGUAUGAAAGAACACUGGAGUUCUUGACAGUGCCCAAUAUCACUCAGGAUGUUCCUGAUCAAUCUCUUGAUCGCCAAGCCAUCAGGAUCCCAGACAACAUCAAGCUUGCAGAUCCUGAAUUUCAUCGUCCUGCAUCCGUGGACAUGCUCCUCGGAUCGGGUCCAACCCUCUCACUUCUUUGCCAGGGUAAGAAGAAACUCACGCCAGCAGAUCAGCCAGAGCUCUACCUGCAACAGACUCUGCUCGGCUGGGUAAUCGGAGGGAGCGCACCAGCUAUGCAACCAACCCGCCAGCGCACAUGCAAUAUACUUAGCACCUCCAACCUGGAUUUUGACAUCUCCAAAUUUUGGGAGAUCGAAGACGCGGACACCUAUUCAUCUUCAAUCAACAAGGAUUCGGAAUGCGAACGUCACUUCCUACAGAACGUCAAACGUGACAAUUGCGGUAGAUACAUUGUCGCUUUGCCGUUUAAUGGGAAGGAAUCUCUGAUCGGGGAGUCACGAUCACGAGCGUUCCGCCGAUUAAAAUGCUUGGAACGGAGACUGGAUGGCGACGCCGAACUCAGCACUCAAUAUCGUGCUGUUAUUCAAGAAUACCUUGACCUGGGUCAUCUUACGGAAGUGACUGGAGCAGAUUUAUCUAAUUUCGGAUACUACCUGCCUCAUCACGCGGUGAUCAAGGAAAGCAGCUUGACGACCAAGGUCCGUGUUGUCUUUGAUGGAUCAGCAAAGACCAGCACCGGAAUAUCGCUCAACGAGACGUUGCAUGUCGGACCGACAAUCCAGGACGACAUAUUCUCACUCCUCCUUCGAUUCCGUCUUUACCCUUACGUCCUCACUGGAGACAUUGAAAAAAUGUACAGGCAAGUCCUCGUACGCCCUGAGGAUCGACAAUAUCAGCGAAUCCUGUGGCGCGAUAGUAAGGAACCAGUGAGAACGUUUGAACUGAACACAGUAACAUUCGGAUUAUCUGCAGCUCCAUACUUGGCAAUUCGGUGUCUCCAUCAGCUUGCAAAGGACGAGGGCCAUCGACAUCCAGCAGCAGCACGAGUACUCCAGCGUGACCUCUACGUCGAUGAUUUACUCACCGGGACACAGACCAGAGAAGAGGCCCUUCAGCUACGUAAAGAGUUGGAAGGAUUAGUGAAACUCGGUGGCUUCAACCUACGACAAUGGGCCUCCAAUGAUCCCUCAAUUUUGAGUGAAGUCAUGCCAGACAACAUCAAUCAUCACCUACAAAUUGGAGACUCUACAACGCUGAAGACACUGGGCGUUCUUUGGAAUUCCACAGCUGAUACGAUCAACUACACAGCCAAGGUAUCUAUGCCAGAGACAGCCACCAAGCGCAUCAUACUGUCUGAAACUGCCAAAAUAUUUGAUCCCCUUGGCCUAUUAUCACCAAUAGUCAUCGUCGCAAAAAUGGUCAUGCAGAAGCUCUGGACCCUAAAGAUUGACUGGGACACACCACUGCCUUCUGACAUUCAGAAAGAGUGGUCCCAGUUCUAUCUAGAGCUUGAACAAAUUAAUCAGGUAACUUUCCCACGAUUCGUGCUCCAGAAGAACGCCAAGAAAAUCCAACUCCACGGAUUUAGUGAUGCUAGCCAACAUGCCUACGGAGCUUGCGUGUAUCUUCGGUCGGUUGGAGACAAUGGACAAGUCAACACUGUACUGCUGUGUGCUAAAUCUCGAGUAGCUCCCCUCAAACAAAUCACCAUUCCAAGACUCGAACUGUGUGGAGCACAGCUACUCGUCAAACUUAUUGAAGGCAUCAAGAGGGCUACCACCAUCAACAUUGAUAGCACUGUAUUCUGGACAGAUUCAACCAUUGUCCUCCAUUGGAUCCACACGCCUGCCCAUCAGCUGCAAACCUUUGUCUCAAACCGAGUCGCCGAUAUUCAGUCCAAGACUCAAGCGCACGAGUGGAGACAUGUGAGGACACAUGAUAACCCAGCAGAUUUAAUAUCUCGUGGUCAGCCCCUCAAGGAUUUUAUCAAAUCGAACAUCUGGUUUGAAGGCCCUUCAUGGCUACGAGCAGAGGAAACCAACUGGCCAGUCCUGGAUCUUCAGUUUUCAUCACCGCCUUCUGAGAUCAAGGGGAAAUAUUGUCACGUAGCCCAUAAUAGACGAGAGCAACACCCACUAGAAUGGUACUCUUCAAUCUCCAAACUAAGGCGAGUUAUUGCACUCUGUCUACGUUUCAAGAGUAAGAAACAGGGUCCUCUCAUAGCAGUAGAGCUGACUACGGCCCAACACGCUAUUAUCCAUUGGCUACAAGCAGAGACGUUACGCCCUUUGAAACGUGCACUUCAAGACCCCGAGAGCAAGCGAGCUAAAAACCCAGCAUUGGCCCAGGUGUCCAAAUUGACUCCAUUCCUGGAUAAGGAUGGACUCAUCAGAGUAGGAGGCAGACUACGCAACGCGAUGAUUCCGUUUUCUCAACGUCACCCGAUCAUCAUCCCCAAGUCUCAUCCUGUCACCAAGCUCAUCAUCGAGGAAGCCCACGUGUCCCAGCUACAUGCUGGCCCUCAGGCAGUGCUAUACCAUAUCAGGCAACAGUAUUGGCCACUGGACGGCCGCAACUCUGUGCGCCGAAUCAUUCAUCAAUGCAUACGAUGCACUAGAUUGAAGCCGCCAUCGGUCAAUUACAUAAUGGGUAAUUUACCAUCAGCAAGAGUUACGGAGUCCCGCCCGUUCACGAACGUGGGCAUUGAUUACUGUGGUCCGUUCUUCGUAAAGGAGAAGAAAUUUCGCAAUCGCGGACGAGUCAAAGUCUACGUAGCAGUUUUUACGUGCCUAGCGAUAAAGGCUGCUCAUUUAGAAGUCGUGAGUGAUCUGACAACCGAAGCCUUUCUCGCAGCUUUGCGGAGAUUCAUCGCCAGACGAGGAUGCUGCCGAAAAAUCUACUCGGACAAUGGCACAAACUUUGUUGGAGCCAACAAUGAGUUGCGAGCCAUUUAUGAACAUCUCCAAUCCGCAGAUCUUCAGAACGCAGUGCAAUCAAUGCUCACCAAUCGACAAAUUCAUUGGCACUUCAUCCCUCCUCAAUCCCCUCACUUCGGUGGCUUGUGGGAAGCAGCGGUGAAGUCCUUCAAGCAUCACUUCUAUCGGAUAGUCACGGACGAGCUCCUCACCUUCGAACAAUUCAAUACGUUGACAAUCGAGAUCGAAGCUGUGUUGAAUUCUCGACCCAUGAUGCCGAUGUCUUCUGAUCCUAACGAUCUGAUGGCUCUCACUCCUGGUCACUUUUUGAUUGGGGAGUCGCUGACUUGUCCAAGAGAUCACGACUUCACUGAUACUCCAAGCAGCCGAUUAUCAUCAUGGCAACACAUUCAGAAGCUAAAGCAGCACUUCUGGACUCGCUGGCAUCGCGAGUAUAUUAGUGAGCUUAGCUUUCGAUCCAAGUGGAGCCAGGGACAGCAUCAGAUUAAGGAAGGCACCGUGGUGCUUUUGAAGGAGGACAACCUGCCUGCACUUCAAUGGGCCUUGGGACGUGUCAUCAAGGUACGGCCUGGAGCCGAUGGUAUCAUCCGUGUUGUCACGGUCAAAACAGCCAAGGGACUUUUCGAUCGCAACGUUAAAAGGCUUGCCCCGUUGCCAAUCAAUGAGGACGACACAGAAGUUAUAUAA